AUGGGAAGCGAGCACAAGUCAUUCAUGGCAUGCGAACACGGCGAGGACGAAAAAGCUUGUGUGCGAGAUAGAAGAGGUCGAGCAGUGGAUGCCACGGAGAAUGGUAGCGACUGUGCUUCAUGCCAUGAUGUGAACAAUCAGCCGGAGCAUUUUGAGCAAGAUGAGCAAGCAGAAAUGUGGACAGAAUACGGAAGGGCGAUCGAGGAUCUAACGAAGAGCACUCUAUGUCCAUUCAUCAUGGUUGAUCUAUCUCGUGACAACAAUCCUAUUCUGUUCGCCUCAACGAGCAUGUGCGAGAUUGACGUUGGUGUUCAAUGGCAUACGACGCAUAGGACAUCUCUGUGGGACUACCUUGAGGGAAAGUUGAGUGACUGCGAUUACUCAGCGAUCGAGAACGCCAUGCGCCAACCUUUUGUUGAGUUCUCAACAUGCUUUGAAUGGGCGCCAGACACCAGCUCUAGCCAAUGGCUGCAUGUGUCCCUGCGGCAGGACGAUAAGUUCAAGUGCCCGUUUGUCACGAUCUGCUUUUACGAUGUGACGAACCUGGUCGAGCAAUAUGAUGUUCAAAACCUCGAGGACAAGUGCAGAGAGAUUGAGACCACACAGCUCUACACUUGCACCACGUCCUUCUCUGUUCUCCAUGCCAUGAUGAUGGAUGAUGACAAGAGCGAGGCCGAUGGACUUGAGAAUGAGACUCCCUCACUGUAA